UGGUCGAGGCGGGAAUUCAAACCGGUGCGGGCGGCGGGAGCUGCGCUUGCCGUUGGGGGAGGCGCGGAGCGCAGGAGGUCGCGCUCAGGAAGAUGGAGACGGCAAUGCUGAAUCUGCGGAAUCUGUUUGAGCAGCUCGUGCGCCAGGCGGAGAUCCUCAAUGAGGGGAACGAACUCCAGUUCAUCCAGCUGGCCAAGAACUUCGAGGAUUUCCGCAGGAAGUGGCAGAGGACGGAGCUCGAGCUGGGCAAGUACAAGGACCUGCUGAUGAAGGCGGAGACGGAGCGUAGCGCCCUGGACGUGAAGCUGAAACACGCCCGCAACCAGGUGGACGUGGAGAUCAAAAGGCGGCAGCGGGCCGAGGCCGACUGCGAGAAGCUGGAGCGGCAGAUUCAGCUGAUCCGGGAGCUGCUCAUGUGUGAUGGGGCUUGCAGCAUCCAGCUGAGUGAGGAGCAGAAGUCGGCCUUGGCGUUCCUCAAUCGGAGCCAACCUCCCCGGGGCAGCACUGGCAACAAAAGACUGUCCACCAUCGACGAGUCGGGCUCCAUCCUCUCCGACAUCAGCUUUGACAAGACUGAUGAAUCGCUGGACUGGGACUCCUCUCUGGGGAAGACUUUGAGGCUGAAGAAACGAGAGAAAAGGCGCUCCAACAGCCGACAGUUUAUCGAGGGCCCGCCGGGACCGGCGAAGAAAAACCGGUCUAUUGGUUCCACGUUGGAUCAGGGGAAUGAGUCCAUUGUGGCCAAAACCACAGUCACGGUCCCCAGCGACGGCGGCCCCAUUGAGGCGGUGUCCACCAUCGAGACUGUGCCCUACUGGACCAGAAGCAGGAGGAAAUCGGGCGCCCUGCAACCCUGGAGCAGCGAUUCCACCCUGGGUAGCCGGCAGCCCGAGUCCAGACCUGAGACGGAGAGCUCGGGGACCCCCCAGGGCACCGGAGGCAUCCGCCUGCACGAAUUCGUCUCCAAGACGGUUAUCAAACCGGAGUCCUGCGUGCCCUGCGGAAAGCGGAUCAAGUUCGGGAAAAUGUCCCUGAAGUGCCGGGACUGCCGGGUGGUGACCCAUCCGGAAUGUCGGGAACGCUGUCCCCUGCCCUGCAUUCCCACGCUGCUGGGCACCCCCGUCCGCAUCGGAGAGGGCACUCUGGCCGACUUCGUAUCCGUCACAUCUCCCAUGAUCCCCUCCAUCGUCGUGCACUGCGUGAACGAGAUCGAGCAACGGGGACUGACGGAGACGGGCCUGUAUCGCGUCUCGGGCUGCGACCGGACGGUCAAGGAGCUGAAGGAGAAGUUUCUCCGCGCCAAGACCGUGCCCCUGCUCAGCAAGGUGGAUGACAUCCACGCCAUAUGUGGCCUCCUCAAGGACUUCCUGAGGAACCUGAAAGAGCCCCUGCUGACCUUCCGGCUGAACCGCACCUUCAUGGAGGCGGCAGAAAUCUCGGAUGAGGACAACAGUGUGGCGGCCAUGUACCAGGCCAUCAGCGAGCUGCCCCAGCCCAACAGGGACACUCUGGCUUUCCUGAUCAUUCACCUGAAACGAGUGGCCCAAAGCCCGCACACUAAAAUGGACAUCGCCAACCUGGCCAAAGUCUUUGGCCCGACCAUCGUGGCCCACGCGGUGCCCAAUCCUGACCCCAUGACCAUCCUGCAGGACACCAAGCGGCAACCCAAGGUGGUGGAGCGCCUGCUGGCACUGCCCCUGGAGUACUGGAGCCAGUUCAUGAUGGUGGAGCAGGAGAACGUCGACCCGAUGCACGUCAUCGAGAACUCCAAUGCCUUCUCCACCCCGAAAACCCCGGAUGUUAAAGUGAGCAUCCUGGGCCCGCUGACCACUCCAGAGCAGCAGCUGCUCAAAACGCCUUCGUCCAGCUCCCUGUCGCAGAAAGUGCGCUCGACGCUCAGCAGAAACACCCCCAAGUUUGGGAGCAAGAGCAAGUCGGCCACCAACCUGGGGCGCCAAGGCAACUUCUUCGCCUCCCCCAUGCUCAAGUGACGCGGCUCCCCCGGCUGCUCCCUACCCCGCUGUCCCGUGGCCUCCUCGCCUUCCCCCAAUCCUUUCCUCUCUUCCCCCUGACUUUUCUCACAAGGUCUCACUAAAACCGACCCCGUCUCUUCCCUUCCCCUUGGAGGUGCGGCGACACCCCAGGCGGGGGUCUUUAGGGUCGAUGCGGCCCGUUUUUACAUGGCUAACGGUAGGAGCUCAAGACCCCUGGGCAGGCAGGAAACCUGCCACUUGCCACUGGCAGAGCCAGGCCCUGGCUUGGGAGCAAAGAUGGGGAAACGAGGGAGGGAGGGCCUGGGUUUUUGACACAUCGCGUCCCCCUUCAAAGCGCCGGGAAGCGGGUUGAGGGGGCGGGGGUCGUUCUGGGAGUCCUGCAGAGCCGCGUUGAGGGGUGGGGGUGGGAAAAGGACGGGGAAGUGCCUUAGCAUCUUAGUGACUUAGUAAAUAGGCACCCAAGGCACGGCGGUGUUCCGUGGUGCGGAGCUCAACAGUAGGGCUGCAGUGUGAUCAAAACCAGUCUCUGGAGAUGUUGUUGGUUUACUUUCCUUUGUGGGGGAGCGUUUGCCUCUUUAAAAAAAUUUUUGAUUAGGGCUCAGCACCUCGGCACCUGCCUUGACCAAUGGGACUUUUUUAUGGGAAGUCAGUGCGGCCAGACCACUGAAUCUAAUCUAAGGGGAAAACGGCCCCCCCGCAAAAAACCGGUAUUUACCUGCUCUCCGUCCCCACCCCGACCGACCCCUUCCUUCUUUUCCGGCUGGUAAAUGUGGCUCUUCCCCCACCCCCGACUUCACCUCUCCAGUGCUCUGCCGACUCCAGUCUGUAUGACCCCCAGGCGGAGAGUAAACAACUAGUUUAAAAAUG